AUGGCGUCGUCGUCGUCGGGGGGGCGGAGGAGGGGGAAGUGGGUCCCGCCCACCCCGAGGAUGCUCCUCCGCCUCCCGCGGCGGAGUCGCGUGGCGGCGGCGGCGGCGGCGCCCCGUAGGUCGGGGACGAACCUCGGCGCGCUCUUCGACAUGGAGCGGAGGGGAGGGUGGAGGUUCCAGGCGGAGAUCCUGCGGGCGGAGUGCAACUUCUUGCGGAUGGAGCGCGAGGUGGCGCAGCGCGAGGUCGACCGGCAGCGGGCGCGGGUCGCGGCCUCGCUCAAGUCCGCCGUCGAGACCCUCGUCUCGGGGAGGAAGAAGAUCGAGGGGAGGAGCGGCGACGGGGCAGUAGGGCUGGUGCUGGAGGAGGAGAUCCGGGAGCUGGAGGAGCAGAUAGCGGAGCUGCAGGCGGGUAAAGAAGAAGGCAGCACCGGGACGAUGCGCGGGAGAUGUCGGGAGCUGCAGAGGAGCCGCGGGCGCAACUUCGACCGCCAGGCCUCCGCACUCCGCCGCCGCCUCGAGAAGAUGGCAGAUCCCCCCGACCACCGCCCCUCCUCCACCAUCAAAGAAAUCAGAGAGAUUAUUAUCCCGCCCCAAAUCAAUCGCAAUGUCGAUCCCGACCGGCUGUGCUCUUCCGAUGUGGAGAUGCUGAAGCGGAAGAUGGAGGGGCUGUCGAAGGGGAUGCUGGAGAGGGUGGCGGAGUACGGAUGCUUGUUGUCGAAUGCAAACCCAAAUCCGAAUCCGAACGUGAAUCCGAACUCGAACUCCAAAAGCGGUGGAAACAGCAAGCGGAGUGCGAGCCGGUGGAGCAACGGGUACCAGCAGCAGCAGCAGCAGGUGAUGGUGGAGGAAUGUACAGCAGUAGGUUUGGGAGGGUGCUGUGAUUGCCGAGAGGUUGUCACCAGGAUAACGGAGCAAGUGAGGGCGGAGAGCGAGCAAUGGACGGAGAUGCAGGCGAUGUUGGAGCAAGUUAGGUUGGAGAUGCAAGACCUGCAGUCCUCUAGAGACCUGUGGGAGCGCCGAGCCGUCGCCUCCGAGAUCAGCGUCCGCUCCCUCCAUGCGCAAAUGCUGGAGUGGAAGCACAGGGCGCACGUUUCGGAGCGUAGGGUAGAUGAGCUGCAAAAACAGGUUUCCGAACUGCAGAAAAAGCUGUUACAUUCCUUGAGAUUCGAUCUCUUCGGUCCCUCUUUCUCCUCCCAAGGACGUCCGGAAACGCACAGAGCAACUCCACCAAGGAUCAAAAGCCAGCAAAAGAAGAAGUCCACAGAUUCAAACAAGGAGAAGGAGAAGCAUGUUCUCGUCUGCCGCGCGAAGAACUCGCCGAACGACUUCUUGAAGCGAACGCCAUUGCAGGACGUCGGCAACAUCUCUCGUUUGCAUCAACGAUGAACGAGAAGCAUCGUCCUGCAGAAUCCUGGUGAUCUAUUUUGAUUGAUCUCGAGUUGUUUCGAUCGAUUUCUUGCUUUAAAUAUUUUGCCGAUGAGAAGAGGAAGGCUAUGAAAGAAAGGGUAGGUGGAUGAUUCCACAUUUUGGGGAGUAUAUGUAUCUAAAGGUGUUCUUAGCCUGGUGCUAUUAUGUAUGAUAAGGUGCUGUGGGGCGUUUUCUAUAUAUAGUGUGGUGACUAGCGAGGCAAACGACUUCAAUAAAAUUCUUAGCUGGCAUUUGAUCCUCUUAA